AUGGAAACCUGCGGCAUAUUUUUGUCCAAGGAACCUUAUAAUGAAUGGGCAAUACAAUGUUUUAUAUGCGAGGAUUUGUAUUAUACGCUGCAAGAAUUUCAGACACACCAAAUACAAACUCACUUGGAUAUAGUAGAAGAAACAAGAGAGUCAUGUGAGGAGCUACAGGAGCUCGAGGGCUUUAUAUCUGGGGUCCUGGAGCCAAUGAACUUAGAGCUGCUUGACGAUAUAAUUAAUGAUAUUAUAAUCGAUGAUAACGAGGUGGAGCAACUUUAUGAAACGCUUUUAAAAACAGACAAGAAAGAACAAAAUCUAAAUUCAAAAUGUAGCUGGAAAUGCAGCACUUGCUUCAAAACAUUUACAAGACGCUUUUCAUUGGCGCGCCAUGAGUUAUCCCACGCCCAUCUUAACGGUUUCUUGUGCGAUAAGUGUGGCGUUGAGAUGAAGGACCGCCAUCAAAUGCGUGAGCACAUGCGCCAAGAGCACGAAGAGAAGCGACCAUUUCAAUGUGGCAAGUGUCCAAGAAACUAUGCCCGCAAGACACAUCUCAAAGAUCAUAUGCGCUCUCAUUCAGUGCAACGCGACUUCGCCUGUGGUAUUUGUGAGAGAAAAUUCAAACGCUCACAGGAACUGACCCGCCACAAGCGACUGCAUCAGCUGGGUAAGCAAUAUAGCUGCUCCCUAUGCGACGCACGAUUUCGUCAAUGUUCUGGGCUCUAUGGCCAUAUGAGAAGAAAACAUGGACUUGUCACUAGCAAAGAUAUUGCAGCAAUUUUGUAAUGAUAGUGUAACGGAUAAGAGAAGCUUGUACAUUGGUAUUGGUAUGCAUUUUAUUUAUGAAUAGUAGUUGAGUAUAAUGUAAGUUUUUUUUCUGGGUACGCAAUAAGUACAAAUAUU